AUGACUGCAACAUUAGGUAUUAAUGGUUUUGGUCGUAUUGGACGUUUAGUAUUACGUGCUUGUUGUGAGAGGAGUGAUAUUAAAGUUUUAGCAAUAAAUGAUCCUUUUAUGGACUGUACAUAUAUGGCUUAUUUAUUACGAUAUGACUCAGUACAUGGUAAUUUUAAGGGUUCAGUCGAAGCAACUGAUUCACAUUUAAUUGUGAAUGGAUGUAAGAUUAGUGUUUUUCAUGAAAAGGACCCAUCCCAAAUUCCAUGGGGUAAAGUUGGAGUCCAUAUAGUAUGUGAAUCUACUGGUGUAUUUACAACUCAUGAGAAAUCAGAGAGUCAUCUAAAUGGUGGUGCAAAGAAAGUUAUUAUUUCAGCUCCUCCAAAAGAUAAUAUCCCAAUGUUUGUUAUGGGUGUAAAUCACGAUAGUUAUGAUCCAUCAACUCAUCAUAUCAUAUCUAAUGCUUCAUGUACUACAAAUUGUCUAGCUCCAUUAGCUAAAAUUGUUAAUGAUAACUUUGGAAUUGAGGAGGGCUUAAUGACAACUGUACAUUCACUUACAGCUAAUCAAUUAACUGUAGAUGGUCCUAGUAAAGGAGGAAAAGAUUGGCGAGCUGGCAGAUGUUCUGGAAAUAAUAUAAUUCCUGCUACUACUGGGGCUGCUAAAGCUGUUGGUAAAGUUAUUCCAACUUUAAAUGGUAAACUGACGGGUAUGUCUAUCCGUGUACCAACUCCAGAUGUAUCUGUUGUUGAUCUUACAUGUAGAUUAUCUAAAUCUGCUACAAUAGAUGAUAUUUUCCGAGCUGUUAAGGAUGCUUCUAAUGGUUAUAUGAAGGGUAUUAUGGGUUAUACUGAAGAAGAGGUAGUGUCAACUGACUUUAUUGGUUCAAAAUUCUCUUCAAUUUUCGAUAAGUUAGCUUGUAUCAGCCUGAAUGAUAAAUUUGUAAAACUAAUUUCAUGGUAUGAUAAUGAAUCUGGGUAUGCACAUAGACUUGUUGAUCUAGCAGUUUUUAUACAUUCUAAAUCACAUUGA